AUGGCUCCUCCUCAAGACUACUACACAUAUGACCAGGCAGUUUCUACCUCUGCCUCCUCGCAAUCACGUGUUUCCAGCAACUGGUCGAAUGCGAAUGGAACUUCAUAUGCAUUACCAGCUACAACGUGGAACGGACAAAGUCAAACUAAUGGUCCUAUAACAGUUUCGAAUUUUGCAGAGCAGCCGCAUUCUUCAAUUCACGUUAAUAAUCAUAAUUCUACACGACCGCCGGCACCUAAUGGAAUAUCGAUAAAUACUAGCAAUUUACCGAUAAGUAACAAUUCAACAAUACUUAAUAUCGAAGGUGGUAAUAUUUCACAAUUGAAUACACUCGCUGAAACGACGGGUGCGAAAUACGUGAUACAUACUGGAGAUUUUGGAUUUUAUGAAAAGUCUACUUUGGAGAGAAUCACCAGUUCAAGAACAUUACGUUAUCUGAUUCAAUAUAGCAAUCUUAUGCCUCCCGAAAAGCGUGCGGUCCUCCUGGACUCAAAUACUACCACAGAAGAAAUACGACGUGAACUUGUAUCUUCAGAGACCCCACUUAUCUCGGAGUUUCCUCUGCUUCUUGAAGGGAAACUGAAACUCCAAAUUCCCGUAUACACUGUUUGGGGAUCAUGUGAAGACAUUUGGGUGCUCGAGAACUUUAGAUCGAAAAAAUACAAUAUUCCAAAUUUACAUAUAUUAGACGAAUCAAACUCGGCUCUCAUUAGUAUAGGAAAUGUGAAUUUGCGGCUUUUUGGAUUAGGAGGUGCUGUUGUGUCGCAUAAAUUAUUCGAUAACGGAGAAGGAACAACUACAAUUGCUGGUGGUGGUGGUACAAUGUGGACUACGGCUCUACAAAUUGGUGAAUUGGUCGAUACAGCUCACAGGGUUUAUCAUCCUACCGAGACCAGAAUUCUUGUUACCCAUAAUAGUCCCGGUCUAAUUGGAUUGCUUUCUCAGUUAGCCCUCGCUCUACGGGCGGACUUUACUAUCUCAGCUGGACUGCAUUUUCGUUACUGUGUUUCAUACAACGAAUUCUCAGUACAAUGUGACCAAGAGAAUUAUAGAAGCAAAUUAGAAAAUUCACGAAAGAGUUUUUAUCAAAUGUAUAAUUCCAUUAAAGAGAAAGUAGAAAAUAGUGUCGAUGAUGCACAAAAAGCAUUGCUUGAUAAUGCAUUAGCCGUAGUUAACCGGGUACCGGCUCAAGAUAAAGAAGAAAAUGCUUUCAAGAAUAUAUGGAAUUUUAAUUUACCCGAUGCAGCAUUCGGACAUUUAUUAUUAAACGUCAAUGACGGACGGAUAUCAGCAGAAACCACAUCACAAGGAUUCAAUUUUUCACACCGUCGAAAUAAUGCGCAGGUGGAUGGUCCAAGCGGCACAACAACAAACUCUGUUAAUCAAACCCCCGAGAGUCCAAGCUCUGUUAAUCCUGUUAGUCGUCGCCAGCCAUCACAAUGGCAGACGCUCACACCUCAAGUUCAACCAGUGAUGCGAUCACCGUCACCCCAUAAGAUAAAUAAUAGAGCUGUGUCGCCUGCAAAUUUAAACGAUCAAGUCGGAAACAAUAAUACUUACCGUAAUGCACCAUCAUUACUUGCUCCAAAUGAAACUCCUUCACGAAGAGGAACACCGUCUCCAAAUGAUUACCCGGAAACCAAAACAAAUAGCAGCAUUAAUAUGAACAGUAGCACCGUUAGCAUCAAUAAUACUAUUAACGCCACAACCACCACCAAUAAUCAUACCUUUAAUGACAAUGAGAGUAACAAUGAUUAUACAGAAAUUAAUAAUUAUACCAGUCACAAUAUCCCUCCAACGCAAACUUGGGCGGAUCAUACAGACAAGUUCAAAUUGAAUAUUCUACCGGUUACGGAAGACGAUCUUAUGGAGUUCUUUUCCUCGGUCAAAGAUGGAAUCGAGAAGGUGAGAAUAGUGUUUGAUAAAAAUAAUUCUUCAAUUCAACGUAAUUUUGCAUAUGUUGAUUUUCGGGACGAAGAAUCUCUACAAAAAGCCCUUAACCUUAACGGACAG